UAAGAGAGAAAUUUAUCAUGAUGAAACCCUAGACAGAAUUCCAAUUCGUCACCAUAAACCCCGUCAGCUCUCCCUCAUCCUACUCGAUCUUCUACUAAGUAAUCAAUUAGGGUUUCAUACAUUAUUUGCUUACCUGCAGUCCGAGUCAUGGACGCCCAAAGAGCCUUGCUAGAUGAGCUCAUGGGUUCAGCUCGCAAUUUGACUGAAGAAGAGAGAAGGGGACACAAGGAGAUCUCUUGGGAUGAUAAGGAAGUAUGUGGCUUCUACAUGGUGAAAUUUUGCCCACACGAUCUACUCGUGAACACUCGAAGUGAUCUAGGUCCAUGCCCUAAAAUCCAUGAUCCGAAGUUGAAAGAAAGCUUUGAGAGCUCUCUAAGGCAUUACUUUUAUGUGCCAAGAUUUGAAGCAGAACUUGCUCAUUUCUGUGAAAAAUUGGUGAUGGACUUAGAUAGGAGAGUUAGACGUGGACGUGAGAGACUUGCUCAAGAGGUUGAAGUUCCUCCUCCUCCUCCAAUUCCAGCUGAGAAAUCCGAACAACUAUCUGUUUUAGAAGAAAAAAUCAAGAACCUUCUAGAAUCAGUGGAGGCACUUGGGGAAGCUGGCAAGGUGGAUGAAGCUGAAGCACUCAUGAGAAAGGUGGAUCUGCUUAACAUUGAGAAAACAGCAUUGACCCUUCAACCACAGAAUGAAAAAGUUCUAAUGCUUGCUAGAGAAAAGAAAAUGGCUCUUUGUGAAACAUGUGGUUCCUUUUUUAUAGCAAAUGAUGCUCUUGAAAGAACCCAAUCCCAUGUCACUGGAAAACAGCAUAUCGGUUAUGGAUUGGUCAGAGAUUUCCUUUUUGAAUACAAAGAGGCAAAUGAGAAGGCAAGGGUAGAGGAAAAAGAAAUUGAAGUUAAGCACAGAACUGGAUCUACUGACAGGGACAAGAACCGUUACAGUGACAGGUCAUCACGUGAUCAAAACCGAGGAUCUCGGGAUUCUGGAAGAACAUCGGAUCGUAGGGCCCACAACAAUAGUUACAGAAAUGGAGGUGGUGGGGACAGGAGAGGGGAUAGAUACAGGGAUAGAAGCAGGUCUCAUUCCCCUAGACAUGGUGGAAGAAGAAGGUCAUCCAGAAGUCCGUAUUAGUAAGAGAGAAAGAUUGUAGAAAAAUCAAAAAUGUCAAAGUCAGAAGAGCUUUGUUGAGAUAUAACUAAAGGAGAAAAAGAGUCUUAAGGGAGUUUUAUACAAAAUAGAACACA